UUUUAAAAACCAAAUGGGAUCAAACUAUUGCACAAUUAUAAGCAUUUAUUGCACUCAUAUAAGUCUGCGAUGCAUAAUUUACAUAUAUUGUAGCUAGGAACAAAAAAUGGAAUCCAGCAUUUUUUUCACAAAAUGAAGUGAAUAGAAAUAGCUUUACAGAAAUUAUACGGUUUACUUGGUUUGACAGAAAUCAACGAAGCCAUAGUUUACAAAUCGAUAAAAUCGCUUUGAUUUUUGAAGUUUGGUGCAAAUUCAUUCAGAUCAGUCAAAACUGUUAUAAACCAGGAAUAUACUUUACUGACAAACAAUUCUCUUCAUCGAAAGCAAAGUGUAGCUUUACUCAAUAAACGGGAGAAAUUUGAUAUCGAAUUCUGAUUAGCAUUCGAUGUAAAUAACAAAUGGCUUUUCAUAUUUGAGAAACAAUCGAAGGAGAGCAUUUUAAAUUCAGCUUGAAGAAUUGGUUGUGCUGAAAUAAGUAGAAGCAGAUGGGAGAAAUAUAACCACCAACAAUAUUUUGACAAGCGAAUAAUUAAAGACUAAACGUUUAGAAAAAAGAAGAUUGUUAGAAUUAUUCGUGGAAAUAGAAAGGAGCUAUCAACAUUUGCAGGAGAGAAAGGACAGUAUGACACAUUUCACAGAAUUGUAUCGAUCAGAUAACUAUAUUCUGACAAUUUACAAAAUUAAACCCAAUAAUAAAGUUAUGGAGCUUAGCUCAAUGCAAACAUCUGUUGAAAUUGAAAUGCCUAUAUACCAGACAGAAUUAGAU